AUGGCCUCGUAUGGCUUGAACAUGUUGAAUAGUACUGUAAAUUGGGUAACACAGGCUUUGGAUGCUCCUUCUGCUCGAGCAGUUGUUUUUGGAGUCCAUAUUGGAGGUCAUUAUUUUGUUGAAGGACUUUUACUAGUUGUGAUCCUUUUCCUGCUCUCCCAGAAAAGUUACAAGCCACCUAAACGGCCUUUGACGAAAAAGGAAAUAGAUGAAUUGUGCGACGAUUGGGUUCCGGAGCCCCUGAUUCCUUCCAUUACUAAGGAGAUGGAAUACCAGCCACCAGUGCUGGAAAGUGCUGCAGGCCCACAUGUUAUGAUCAAUGGGAAAGAAGUUGUAAAUUUUGCCACUGCUAAUUAUCUGGGUUUAGUAGGACAUGAGAAAGUUCAGGAGUCGUGCACUGCUGCACUGGAAAAGUAUGGAGUCGGUUCUUGUGGUCCUCGUGGUUUCUACGGGACCAUUGAUGUCCACCUCGAUUGUGAAAGCCGGAUAUCAAAAUUCUUGGGAACACCAGACUCAAUUCUAUAUUCAUAUGGCCUUUCCACCAUGUUCAGUGCAAUUCCAUGUUUUGCAAAGAAGGGCGACGUCAUUGUUGUGGAUGAAGGUGUCCACUGGGGAAUACAAAAUGGACUUCAUUUGUCAAGAAGCACCAUUGUGUAUUUCAAGCACAAUGAUAUGAAGUCUCUGCACGACACAUUAGAAAAAAUUACUGCAGAUAAUAAACGUGUCAAGAAGUUGCGGCGCUACAUAGUUGUUGAAUCUGUGUACCAGAAUUCUGGUCAAAUAGCUCCUUUGGAUGAGAUCAUCAAGCUGAAGGAGAAAUACCGGUUCCGUGUGUUUUUGGAUGAGAGCAACUCAUUUGGUGUGCUUGGCCAGUCUGGAAGAGGUCUUACUGAAUACUGUGGGGUUCCGGUUGAAAAGAUAGAUAUAGUAACUGCUGCAAUGGGGCAUGCUUUAGCAACCGAAGGAGGAUUCUGUACUGGCAGUAGUAGAGUGGUUGAUCACCAACGAUUGAGCAGCUCUGGCUAUGUCUUCUCUGCAUCGUUGCCCCCAUAUCUCGCUAGUGCAGCUAUUACUGCUAUUGAUAUGAUUGAGGAGAAUCCUGGGCUGAUAGUAAAGCUGAAAAAGAACAUUUCUUUACUGUUGAAGGGGUUGUCCGGCAUACAAGGCCUCACCGUGACAAGCAGUCCAGAAUCACCAAUUGUUUUCCUUAAACUGGAGCAAUCCACAGGAUCGAUAAAAGGCGACAUGGAACUCCUCGAAGAAAUUGCCGAACGUGCUCUGAAGGAAGACUCGGUGUUCGUAGUGACCUCCAAAAGAUCUGUGCUUGACAAGUGCCGGUUGCCCGUGGGGAUCAGAUUGUUCGUUUCGGCUGGCCAUACGGAGGCUGAUCUAACCAAGGCUUGUGAAUGCUUGAAGAGAGUUUCAGCAUUGGUGCUCAAGCAUCGUGACUGA